AUGGGUCUCGGCGUGGAGGUAGCUAAGAGGGUCUUCUCCAAGAAUCGGUUUCGCUCCUCGGCGGUGGAUGUGCCCCAGAGCAACAAUGUAUGCACUGGCCUCCGAUUAUCACUUUGCAGAUUUUUGUUUGCUUCUUCCUGUUCGUUCCAUGACUGCUUUCUUUUCUGAUCCUGGCAUGUCUCGUUCUUCCUGCAAUUGCCAGUUUCUAUCUUGGACUAAUUAGUCUUAGUCUCUUCUUUUUUUCUUUUUUUCUUUUUUCUUUUUUUUACUUUUUCAGGGAAGGGGUCUUGGCGUUGACAAGACCCACUCAUCUCGAGAUUCAAGCUCUGUGGGGAUAAUUUUGACUCAGUUCCUGCUGAGGAUAAUGAUGUGAAGUCCCCCAGGAGGUCAACGGGAAAUUUAACACUGACCAGUGUUGCAGCUUCAAGGAAUCAACAAGGGACUGAGGCUGUGGAGAAUGACGAACGGAUCGAGGAAGAGAAAGAGGCGGCGAUCAUCAUCCAAUCUGCAUUUAGAGGUUUUCAGGUUCUACCUUAUUUGGGCAUCCUGAUUAUUGCGUAAUUUAGGCAUCCCUCCAUCUUGACGACCUCAUCUCUGUCUGUCUUUCUGACCCACAUAAGCAUCCUCCUUCAGGCGAGACAACAUCAAGAGCUUCAACGGCUAGGUGGCACUGGUGAUUUUCAUGGAAUCGAAGGUCCGAGUAAAGCCUUUGUGUGCACCUCAUCUGUUGUCCAAGUAGGAGAUUGUACUGACGAUCAAAGGGCUCUGGAGGCAACCCUCGUUGCGCAGCCGAGGGUGCAGCAUAGAGCCCAAGCACAGGCAUCCAGGCUGAAGGUAAUGAGCUUCUCUCAGCAUUCAUGUGCAGCCCCCCUGCCACAUUUCCUUACCAUGUUUAACUUAAAUACUCCCAUUUCAAUGAAAUUAUGGUGUAUCAACAAAUACCCAGUCAAAUUCAUCUCCAGUUACGUCAUGUAAUGUUGCUAAAACCUUAUAGAAUAUUGACUGACCCAAAGUUUCUAGUUGUUUGAUGUGAGAACUCUGUAUAUCCUGUGCAUCCACCUUCAUCUCACGUCAACGCUUUCUGUCUAGGAAGAAUCGGACGGCAGCACAGUGAGCAGUCAAAUCUCAAACAUGAGAAUCAAGAACAGGCUGGAAGCCAUGGCCAGGAGGGAGAGAGCCUUAGCCUACGCAUUUUCUCAAUAGGUAAUAUUUCUCGGAGAUCUAGUGUAUGAUGCAUAGAUGGACGCUGUAUUAUUUAUUUCCAUUUUCGAAAUUAUUAAAUUCCAUAUAUCGAGCUCUCCACAGCUUAGGGCUUGCCCAGGGAAGAAGAAGCCGACUCUGAGGGCCUCGGAUGAGCCAAACAAGGGAUGGAGCUGGCUCGAACGGUGGAUGGCAACACGCACCUCGGACGCUCAACCUGGGUCCCAUCGCGUGGGUAUUUAUCCUUCAGAAAUGGUGGAGAAGUUCAGAGUAUCUCCAGAAAAAGAGGAGAGCUGCGGCUCCAAUGAUGUUUCAGUCCCCUUUGGACGAACAUAUUGAAGGUGACGAGCCCAUGCAAUGGAAUGGAAUGGUUUCCUCUUCUUUCUCAUCCCUGAUGAUUUCUUCUUUCCCAAAAAGGAAAUUCCAAUGUGUCUGAAGAUUAAGGACCCAACUCUGAAACUGUUUCUCUUGGGCCCUUCCAAGGUCAUUAAGAAAGAUCCCUUGAGGGCGAUGGAGAAGGAGGAGAGACGACCACACUGCCCAAAUGCAUGA